AGUAGUAAGAUAUGUGUGUGUUUGUGAGUGCGGUUAAAGCUCGUCGAGCAGCAGGGGAACUUAGAAACUUCACUCCAUUCAGCGAGGAGGAACUGAGACCGGAGAUUUGACGUUUUAAGAGCUGACUCGGCUGCUCACAGUCCAGCUGUGAUCGACGGAGGAGGACCGGUCCCGGUUCUCAGCAUUGGAUCGAUUUCCGGCCAACAUGGAUGAUUUAGAUGCUUUGUUGGCGGACCUUGAGUCCACAACAUCCCACAUUUCCAAGCGACCACUCUUCCUGUCUGACGACACCGCCUACUCCAUCCCUGUUGGGGGUCCGAUCCAGCAGGACAUCUGCUCUCCGCCACAAGUCCCACCAAAUCCCUCAGAGCAAAACGGACUAGAUGAAACAGAGUCCUUUAGCCCAGCUCAGAAAAGUCCCUGGUCAAGAGAGAGCAGCAGUCCAACCCAGCCUAUUGGUGAGGAGGACCACGUUUACAGUUUCCCUAAUAAACAGAAGAAUAGUGACUCAUCAACUGGUGCCAUGAACUCAUCCUUGGGCAGCAACCUGUCAGAGCUGGACCGACUGCUGUUGGAGCUAAAUGCUGUCCAGCAGAGCACCCCUGUCUUCCCCACAGAAGAGGAAACAGCCCCUCCACUGCCUGCUAGCAGCACCAUCCACCAUAUCCAGGAGAAUGGCGUCUCUACUACAGGCAAGGUAGCUCCACCAGUACUGGAGAAGCCUAAACGUAGUGUGGCAACUCGAGGGAUAGAGGAUGUACGACCAAGUGUCGAGAGGCUUCUGGAUGAGCUGGAGAGCUCCGUUCCCUCACCCAUUCCCACACCACUGGUUGUGUCAGAUGAACAAACAGAAGGACAAGAGGAAACACCAGCACAGCAGCAAGCCAGGAUGUCGGCCUCCUCUGCCACAAGAGAGCUGGAUGAGCUGAUGGCCUCCCUGUCUGACUUCAAGGUCCAAAGCAACUCUGGUUCUCAGCUGUCCAUGAAUCAGGAGGUAGUUGUAGAGCCAUCACUUCUUACUGGUUCAUCAGUUGUUGAAGCAGUAACCACCCCAUCUAUAAAUCCUUAUUUGAGUUCAGUGGAUACCCCUCUAACUUCUAGUUAUGAGACUCCCUCCUCCACCCCUCUUUCUCUGGAACUACACAUAGACGAAGAUGGUGGAUCAGCUCGUUCCACUGUUGUGAUUUCAUCAUCGAAGAGCCUUCAGUACUCCCAGGUCCAACAGAUAGAUGAUGGUGUCAGUGUCACUUCUGAGAUCUCCACUGUAGAGACCAUCAGUAUCUCUAGUAGCACAAAGCCUCCUAGUCCAGUUGAAGUCUCUGAUGGUAAAGUCUCAAGUCCACUUCAGAAAAGCUCAAGUCCAGUCAGUGUUGGAAAAAGUUCCAGCCCCAUACCUACCCCCCAAAGCUCCAGUCCAGUCAUUGUUUCAAACAGUCCCAGUCCUGUUACUGUUUCUACAAAACCCAGCCCUACUCUCACAGCAACAAGUCCCAGCCCCCCUGAUCUUAAAUGCCCUAAAAGUCCAAGUCCAGUCCCAAAAAACUGUAGUCCAACCCCUGUCAGUAGUAGUCCGGAACCACUUGAAAAGACAGCUAGUCCGGUCACAGUUCCAAGGCUAUCAAGUCCUGUCCCACAAAGUGCAAGUCCAGUGACAGUCCCUACUAUUUCUAGUUCUUUAACCAUCCCACAGAGUGCUAGUCCUGAAACAGUUCCAAAGUGUGCUAGUCCCAUGUCAAUACCUAGACUUUCGAGUCCCGUUCCCAAGACUGCAAGUCCUGUGACAAUACCAAAUAUCACCAGUUUAGAAACUUUACCCAAAACAUCUAGUCCUGAAAAAUCAUCAAAGAGUGUCAGCCCAGUAGUUCUCCCAAGACUUUCAAGUCCAGUACCAUCUACAAAAACUGAAACUACAGCUCCUAAGAGUCCUGUUCCAGUCAUCAAAAAAUACUACACUGUUCCAGCCACGAGCAGUCCUAGAGCUUCACCAGUUUCACCCACGGUUGUGCCAUCCAAAAGCCUGUCUCCCUCUCUGACAGAAAAGCAUGUAGGGGACAUACUGGAUUUAACUUGGCCAUGCCGGGAGCCUUUGUUGGACGAUGCUUUGGACAAACUCUUGGCCCCUGAAUCUACCCGACCGAGUGACAACCAGCCAUCUGCCAGCAUCAUGCUUGGAGUUGAAGACAGAAUUUGGGAGGAAGAAGACGGAAUUUACCCUGAACUCAGCCGAGAGGGAACUCUGACACCCAUGACUGAGUCCAGCUGGAUGGAUGAGUGCUUCACCCCCUCCACCUGCCCCGGGACACCAGAUGCAACGCUGGACCUGCCCACGCAGCAGCCCUCUGCUGUUGAGCGACUGUCUGCUUCUGGCCAACUCAAAUCGGUUAUCCGCCGCACCAAAGAGACCUCCAAUGUGCAUCCGAUGUACAAAGACGGGAUGUUGAGACGUAAAAUGGGACCAAUCAUUGUGAAUAAGAGCAACUCUCAAGACAGGCUCAUUGAGGAGCUGCAGGGGAAGCUGGGAAUUGGAAAAGUGGAGCGCAGACGCAAGCAGCAGCCAGACGAUUGGCUGACAGAAGGAGUUAUCGUCAUGUCCAACCCACAGCGAACACGGGAAGAGGGAGUUCAGCCUGCUGUGGAUAAGAAAAUCAUCAUCCCUCCAGAAUCACCUGCCCCACAAAGAAAAAUUCUCCCCCCUCCACAAUCUCCCCCAGCACCCAAAAAGCCACCCCCAGUCAAGCAGACUCCUCCACCUUUACCUCCACCCCCUCCGACCCCUCCACCUCCUCGAGAACCAACCCCUCCUCCCCCGAAGGAGCCCACUCCUCCUCCUAGGGAGCCCACGCCUCCCCCUGCACAGCCUCCUCCAUCGCCUAGCCCCCCUCCCAAACCCGCUACACCUCCUCCACCUCCCAAGGUCUUUGUAUCAGUGGGUUGUCAGACCGAGUACGAUCCCAUCUUUCCUCCACUGCAGAUCCAGUCUCAGGGAAAGACUUCUCCCACUGGUCCCCCUAAACCUGCUAACAAGCUGGAUAACAUGCUGGGAAGCCUGCAGUCGGAUCUCAACAGACUUGGAGUUCAGACGGUGGCGAAAGGUGUCUGUGGAGCCUGCAAGAAACCCAUAGUUGGACAGGUGGUGACAGCCAUGGGCAGAACAUGGCACCCCGAGCACUUUGUGUGCACCCACUGCCAGGAGGAGAUCGGCUCCAGAAACUUCUUUGAGCGUGAGGGGCAGCCGUACUGUGAGAAAGAUUACCACAGCCUGUUUUCGCCGAGAUGCCACUACUGCAACGGACCCAUACUGGAUAAAGUUGUGACUGCUUUGGACAAAACUUGGCAUCCAGAGCAUUUCUUCUGCGCCCAAUGUGGAGCCUUUUUUGGACCAGAAGGUUUCCAUGAGAAGGAUGGAAAGGCGUUCUGCAGGAAAGACUACUUUGACAUGUUUGCUCCUAAAUGUGGCGGCUGUGCCCGUGCCAUCCUGGAGAACUACAUCUCUGCUCUUAACUCGCUCUGGCACCCAGAAUGCUUCGUCUGCAGGGAGUGCUUCACCCCAUUCAUAAAUGGCAGCUUCUUCGACCACGAGGGACAGCCGUACUGUGAGGCACACUACCACGAGCGGCGCGGCUCGCUCUGCUCCGGCUGCCAGAAGCCAAUCACCGGCCGUUGCAUCACAGCCAUGGGCAAGAAGUUCCACCCAGAGCACUUUGUGUGCGCCUUCUGCCUCAAGCAGCUCAACAAAGGCACCUUCAAAGAGCAGAACGACAAACCAUACUGCCAUGGCUGCUUUAUCAAACUCUUCAGCUAGAGCAUGUGUGUCUAAAUGUGUGUGCGCACAAGUCUACACAUUUAUUUACAUGACGGCGUGCACGUGUGGGUGUGUGUGAAAUCACACGUCUGGCAUGUUUGAGUGGGUGUAGUGAUGACGGAGGCUGAGGUGAGGAUCUUAUCAUUAAGGGGAUAAAUGUUUGUGACUUUUCACUCCCUGUCUGUGCAGCAUCUCAGGCUCGGCAUUUCACACUUUUGCUGAAGACAUUUUUAACAGAGCCCAAAGAGAUUUUAAUUUCAAGUUUUAUUCCUGUGUGCAACAAAGAAAGUAAGUCAAUUUGACCUUGUAUGUGUGUAACUAGCAUACACAGGCCAAAGUAAGAGCUUAUUUGUAAAUGCUUUGAUUCCGCCAUCGCAGGGCGAAACCAUGUGGAGGUUGUGUGCAUGGACCACAGAGGGUCGACUAGAGCAGUUAUAAACCCUUCGAGUGUUAAAUAUCUGAUUCUUGGCCUAUGGGUGUUGGAAUAAUCUGUGUAAAAGAUGUAUUUUUCUAGCUUUGGAAACUGUUGAGGUGCCAUUUAAAUCCCUUGAAAUACUCCAGAUGUACAUGGACUAACACUGAAAUCUUCAUUUCUUUAAAGUAGCGGUUUACACUCUUUGCACACUCCAACCACAGAUCUCUUGAUGAGAUUGUCUUAAGGUGCAUUUUACAGGUGUCAAGAUUAUUUUUCUACUGUUUUACAAGAAAAGGAAUCAGUUUCAGCCUAUAUGACAUUCACAUUUGUGCUCUUGUAAAUUCAUCAUUUUACACUGGAAUUGAAAUCAAAUAUUAGUAAACUUUUUUUUUUCCUGUAGCAAUUUGGGAUUUUUCUUUCCAAAAAUACAAAACAUAAUGUUGCAAUUUGUGAUGACAAAAAGUUGUAUAUUGAUAAUUAGUUAAAUAGAAUGGUUACUGAUUUAAAAAUAUAUAAAGUGCAAUCAAGCCAUGCCAAAUCAGAGUUGAAUUUCUCAACUUGAAUUUAAAAGUAAAAGUGAAAAAGAUGUCAGAAUAAACAAUAUUUCAGUUCAGUAUUUGUUCAUAUUUACCAUUGCCACUGUUGUGAAUUGAUCACUGUAUUAAAACUAUGAAUAUGGCUGGUUCAGGGUUUAAAUCGUGGUUGUGCAUAUGAAUUUUAAGCAUGCUUUCUUUUACGUGGUCUUUUAUCAGCACUUGCUGCCGGUCGCUGUUACAAUCAGAGUUUAGAAUUUAUAUAGCUGGAGAAUGCUCGACUUUGUGACAGAACUGUGUUUUGUCGCUGUUUUUAACUAAAAUAAAUCUAUAUUUUUGAGCUGUUUGGGCUCACACUGAUAUGCAGAGAGCUGGCUCUAUCGGCACUUAGGCCAACAAUAGUUGAUGCUGUCGUUACACAAAAACACAUACCAGCUUUGAUUCCAGUGUCAUGCUUUUAAGGAAACGCGGCCCAUUUUAUUGAUAGCUGGUCAGAAAUCAGAGUAAGAUGUAGAGCCAGGGCCUAGCUUUUAAAGUCUAUGUUAACACUCCUAUGGCAUCUUAUACUUGCAGCCUUAGUUCAACAUGAGAAAAUUUGAUUAUUCAAGACAAUAUUUCUGUCUUUGGCUUGAUCACGAAGUGUGCAACAAGUUGAUACACAUUCUUUCUUGGAGAUGUUUGCUCUUGUGCCAAAUGUGUCAAUGCAAUAAUGUCUUAUACACUGUGGAGUUGUAAACCUUUCCUGUGAGUUGACUCUAUGUGGUGAGUUCUGGGAGAGGCUUCAUCUGCUGAAGUUUGACUCAAAGGUUUACACUGUAAAGAUACAAAUCACCUAUACUGAAUCAUUCAGCAGACAGUAUAGUGUUCACUUGUAGCUCAUUUCACAUUUACAGGAAGUAGCAGGGAGAAAUUAACUGAAUUUCUGUGUUAAUUUGCCCGUGUAUAUUUACCUACUUUCAUUCUAUCGCCUUAUAAAUUUCACUUUUGUCAAAAAAAAUAAAUGAGACUUUUCUGUUCAUGAGAUUAAAUCAAGUUUGCUCUGCACGUGGAGAUACUUAUGAUAUUUUACAGUCUGAAUUCUCUCAUGGCUCCUUGUGUGGGUGGGGUAUAAAAAUAUAUUGGUCCUGAUUUCUGACUGAUAUCCACAGCAAAUAAACAACUUUAUUUCUUGCA